AAGUGACUUGUCAGUCUUUGGAAUUGACUUGUUAUAAAAAAAAACAUUACGUUUUUCGUAUAAUAUUUUGUUAUCUUGUCUUAUCUUACCUUAUAUUCUAUCUUACAUAUAGCUAUUCCUAGAAGACCACCUACACCAUUUACAGGAUAUACUCUGAUAAGAUAAAUCUACAAGUAAUAUCGACUGGCAAAAUGUUACUAUUGCAGUUGAUGUUGAGACGGCACAAAACUAUAACGUGACUAAUGUAUACGUGUAAUUACAAUGGAUUAGCGUUUUCAAAAAAUGGCGUAUGAACUAUUCUUAUCUUGUGUAGCACGUUUUAUCAAUAUUUCAGCUUAGUGGUUACCUGAAAGCACCUGGUGUUAUCUUUCGAUGAUAAUAGAUUACCAAAAAAUAGAUCAGAGUGCUGUGUUCUCAUCGGCCGUCAUUUCAACGAUGCAGCGAAAAUGGAUAAUCGUAUUUUUCUUUACUGGUGGUUUGGCCACCCUGUAUUUAAUAAUAGUGUACAACGAGUGGGAGAUUUUUGCAAUAAAAAGUGUCAAUUACGGGCAUAGAUAUGCCUUUAAUUUUAAUGAAAAUAAUCCGAUCAAAGCUAACGGCAGCUACGAAUCUUCAAGAGUUGCACUACAGCUGCCGAAUGAGGAAAACACCAGUACUGAACAUGGAAGUGCUAUUAAAACUAUUCUGUAUUGGAAUAAGAUGUACGUGGAGCAAGAGAAAUAUUUUUUCUUUGGACAUGGAGAUAUAUUUAAAGGAUGCCCAGUGCCACAUUGUUAUGCAACGAAUAAGCGUGAUUAUCAUGAGUCUUUGACAGAUUUUGACGCUAUAUUGUUUCAUGGUGUCGAAAUGGUAAAAGGGGAUAUACCAAAAGUACGUUCUCCGAAUCAGAGAUAUGUAUUCUUCACUUGGGAAUCUGCUGCGUCUAGACCUAUUAAUAAUCAUGUGUUCGAGCUGACGCCAAAUUAUUAUAAUUGGACCAUGGGCUUCCGAAUGGAUUCGGAUAUUCCACGUCCUUACGCUGUGGUUAGGGAUCGAAAUACGAAUGAAAUUGUUGCGCCAAGUUCGAAGGAAGUAUCAUGGCGCGAACCGGAAGACACAUUCUCUGAUCCGGAGCUGGAUAACCUUGUUAAGGAAAAGACCAAGAUGGCUGCUUGGUUUGUUUCGCACUGUAACACAAUAUCAAAGCGCGAUGCAUUAGUGGCGGCUCUUCGAAAGUAUAUACGGGUAUAUCGAAAUUUCAAAAGGUUGACAUUUACGGUGCAUGUGGGAGUUAUAAAUGUGACAAAAAUCAAGACUGUUAUGGGAUGCUUGAGAAAGAAUACUAUUUUUAUAUAUCAUUUGAAAAUACAUUGUGCGUCGAUUACGUCACGGAAAAGCUUUAUGAAAUAUUAAAAAGAAAUGUAAUUCCCGUGGUUUAUGGCGGCGCGAAUUACACGCGUUUCGCCC